AUGAGUGAUACGCACCUCGCUCGAUCCAAUUCGGUGCCCUUGAGUCAACUCGGGCCUACGAACGUCGGUAAGUCGCUUUACGGGUCGUGUGCGGUGCCGUGCGUCGUACGUCUGGCGGCAACAUGGGGAAGGGUAGUGGACUCAACAGCAGAAGAGGUACACUUUUCAAGCUGACACUUGGUUCUACGGCUGUUUGUUUCGUUUCGUUCCCAGCUCGAGCUGGGCUUCACCGUGACGCCCGCCCGCACCCACAAGCGUCUGAAAGUGCGCCUCCUCGACUAGCGCCGCCAGCAACCGUCAGAGCUGAGGAGCAAAGCCACAGUCGUCUUCAGACCCCCAAGGACACCCCAAAUGACCCUCAGGAUUGUCAGGGGAGCGGACCUGGAUUCUCCCUCAUAAUCCCGCCCGAUUCGGCGCCCUUCGCCGAUAGCGAGGUUCGGCGACUGACAACUCAGUUAGCGAUGUACGUCACCAUCGCUGAAGCCGGGAACAGAGCAACAAUGAAAACACUGACCUCGGACACGGAAAGUCAUGUCAGUCUCGGUUACUGACAAAGAAAAGGGUCUCUGUUUCUCUCACGCCCACAGUCAUCUUGCUGAUCUGGGUAAGGCGUUGCGACCAUCGGAAGACACUCCCGAGGAGGUUCGUCGAGAGUCGUGCACGUCAAUCGGGCUAAGAUCAAGGCAAAGUAAGGGUCAGAGAAUGAUUCUUCACCUCUCUCCCUCAGGAAGCUAUCGCGACUCUUGCCAGGCAGCGUGAUAGAACGGGUCAGGCCCUUUUGCAGCUCGUCGCCAGCACGACGUCGCCGACGAUCCCGAAUUAUGAAGAUCGACUACGACAGCACGCAGCCAUCCAGGGGAUCGAAAAAGGCCGUCGUGUUCUCGAGCCAACUUCACUGCAGAGAUCGACACAAGAAAAACAUACUCCUAUCCCUCUAGCAUGGACGGGUCGAGCGGGCUCAGCAAUGAGGGAAGAACUUGCAAGCUGGCUCCCACAAAUAUGCACUGAGCAGCUGCGUUUGGCGUUUGAAGCUGGGAGGAACAGUGAGCAUGGCGUCAACUCACGAUUACCUGUCUGGUUUCAUCCGCCCUCGGCAACUGAGUUAUGCUCUCAUCUUAUGUCUUCCUCAGCAGGCGAAGCAGACACCAAUCGGAUCUUUCACAACUCGGCACGGUGGGCCGGCAAAGAUGAAGAACUCAGAUAUACCAUCUCAUCGGUGCCUACCGAUCCAAUUUCGGCCGGUUAUUUCAGCGCACACUCGAAAUGGUACAAGAAGCAGUACAUCAAGCUUGAGGCGCGGGUUCAGGCUCUGGAGGCUGCGUUCUUGCCGACACCGCCCGAAGGGACGACUACCAAACGCGUCCAAGAUCACCAUAUCGCUAAGGGAGCAAGCUCUGGUCCGCGGGGUGAUUACGUUGACCUAUCGGCAGACUCUUCUGCUGACCGUGUUCAAGGGCAAUUCGUCACCGAGGUGUCCCACCAGUUCGCGCCAGGUCUCGAUACUCGACCUUCGAUAAUCGAUGUGAUGGACGUUCAAGGUGAGGUUGUAAAACGCAUCGAUGCUCUAGAGGACAGCAUCAAAAACGAUGGAGCAGAUGCGAGGCAGCAUCUUGGCUCCAGUGAUGAUCGCCACCAAGGAGAGGUAUGGCCAGCCUAUCCUCUGCUGCUGAGGCUAGGUCUGACUCUGACCCCCCCUCCUUCCUUUCCUUUCCUGGGUUUCUGGCUUGUUCGGAGGGGGAACCAGCUUCAUCAAAUCGAACACAAACUGCGAAGCUGGCUGAACAGAGAGCAUUCGUCUUUACGUGCCGAAUGCAACUCAGUGAGUAGAUCCGCACUGCAUUCUUGCUGCUUACUCUGGGUUGAUCCCGAUGUGCGGUGUCCGGUUUUGUGCAGCGUCAAGAUGCGGUGAGCGCGCAGGGUGUGUGGUCCACUGUGAGCGAGUGCUAGCUCAUAUGCUGUACAUCCUCACGCCAGGUUCUCUACGACCGAAAGCUUGACGAAAAGCUCGAGCAGAUGAUCGAAAGCGCGCUCGAGUCUUCUGGGGUUGUUGAUUGCGUCGAAGAACUUCAAAACAGCUUCCAAGGGUUGAAGGAUAGCCUCGAACGAUUACAGCAAGAUCACACGAGGCUGAGCGACAGGCAAUCGGAGGACACAAGUGCUAACGAUGUCAUCAUACAAGGCCAGACGAUCAAAAUAGCUCAGCACGAACGAUUAUUGGGUGAGAUGUCAAAGGCAACAGAUGACACAGCGAUCGCAAUCAAAGACCUCCAUAUGCAGCUGAACAACCCAGCAAACGACGGAGUCGAUGGGAUCGAGAGUAUGCGGGCGAUCAUCCACAAUCACGGGCGUCAACUGGUCGAAUUGGCGAGGACUGCAUCGGGUUAUCAAACUCUCGUCACUCGGCUGGAGGAGGUUGAGACCCACGUAAACAAACCGCGCUUGGAAAGGCUGGAGUCCACCCUGACCGAGCACCGCAAGAGCUUCACCCUUCGCCUUGAGGAGAUGCAGGAGCGCCUCGAGCUGCAGAACGAAGCAAUCAAAUUGCUGCGAGAUAAGCAAGACGCAACAGCGCACGAAAUUAAGGCCAGCCUACAUCCAGCCUUGACGCAGAUCUUGGCACUCGUCACAACAAUAUGA